UUGAAUCUGCCCAUUUCACCAAGUAGAGUGAAGCCGAGUGGAAGGAGUUGACAAUUCUGUCUGAGACCUGCUACUUGUUAUUGAAACAGGACCAAGUUUUCUGUGGUUUUAUUACUUAGAUUGAGUAAUUUGAUUUGCAUUAAGUACGAUCCAACCCCAACCAAAAACUAUGUCAUACUUAAACAAAGACUCAAAGGUCCCAAAAGUCCCCAUGUAUGACCAGACGGAACCAAAGCGUUCGCCCUUCGUAUAUGGACGACGUCUCGUUCCCAUCGUCCCCCAAACAGGCCGGCAGUACGCACCUGUGCCAGAUUACUACGGUCAACAUAACCUAAGACGACACAAUACCAACUUAGAUAAACAACAAAGGGUAAUGGCUGCACCACAAAAACCCAGUGGCAUUCUGCCCAGGGCUGACUGGGAAAGAAUCCAGUCUUUGUUAAACCAGCCCAAGACCAAAAUGUCCACCAGGCAAGAAAUGGUGGACAGGAAUGCUGAGCGUCAGUUCUCUAGAGUAGAGAACAAAAUCAUGAAAGCCAAAAGAGGAGGGAUCCAAGCAGCAAUUCAGCUUGAGAGGCAGACAGAGAAGGAAUACUUUGAUGAGAUCGCUGCAGAGGAGACUGACUUUAAGAAACAGAAAGUGCAGGAAGCUCUUGCAGACGCUAGGACGAAGAGGCUUCACCAGGAUGGCUCCGUCAGAACAUUUAACAGUGCCAUCUUAAGGACACAGAUGCAGACAGAGAAUGAGCUACUCAUAGGAUUAAAAAAAGAAAAACAAAGAUGUGCUGAGGAACGAGAAAGACAGUAUGUCAUAAAGAUGAGGCGUAGAGAGGAGGAAGUUCUGAUUCAAGAGCAGAAGAAAGCUUCUCAGAAACAGACUAACAUCCAUUCUGUGACAAACUAUCGCAGUGAGCAAAUCAAGAAGAAGCAACAGCUGAGAGAAGAAGAGAGACAGAAGGAGAAGGAAGAGAGAGAUCAACUCCGGGCCCUUGCUGCCUUGCAUGAACAGGAGCUAAGACAUGAGCAAGAGAAAAAAGUGGAGUCAAAGAAAAGACUUUUACAGCUUCGACAAAGGGAGAUCUCCAGUAAAAUCCUUGACGGAGCGAAGGAGGCACGGAAAGGGGAGGAGGACAAAAGACAACGUGUUCAGGUUGACAUGGAAGAAAAGCUGCAGCAAAGAAAAAUGGACCAAGCUGAAAAGUUCCAAAAGCUUCAGGUAACAAAACAAAUGGUUUAUCAAAAACUGGCAGCCAGUAAAAAGAAGCAGGCUGCCAUGUCGAGCCAUGAGGAGCUGGAGAAAUUAGCCAGGGCAACGACUGAGAAAGAUUCUAAAGUAGCCAAGCAGCUAAAGGACAAGGAGGAGAGUAGGGCUGCUAUGCUCAAGACUAUUGUUAAUCACAGACACAAAAAGGUAGAGGAGAAAGAGCAGAAGAGGAAGGAAGAGCAACAAAGCAAACUGGACUGGUGUCAGGCCCACAAAGUGUCUGAAAGGUUGUUUCUAGAAGAGAAGAAACAAAAGGCUCAGAGGAUUAACGAAAAUCAAAUCAGUUGUCGAGGCACCAAUGCCAGCCUAACGGCUGAAAAACACGCCCGUCUCCAACAGCUGGAAAGACAGGAUCGAGAAGCUGCACGAAAGCAAGCAGAACAGAUUGCUGAGGAGGACAAACUAGUCCAGCAGUAUGUCCAACGUGAACUUCACAAGGCUGCAGACAGAGAUGUUCAGCAACUUUUGGCUGCAAGCACAGGAAGGCGUGGUGUCCUUUCUAAGAGGGGGGAGCCCAGCUACUUUGGUGUAAGAAGUGAAGAACCAUUGCCCAGAUAUGGUACUGACCAGACGCGCUUUAUAAAACGUUAUCAGGAGCGCAACAGCCUGCAGCUCAGCAUGGAUACGGAGCCCGUACAUCUGCCCCCCCUUACCAGAGCAGCCCAGCUGAAGUCAGCAGAGAAAGGAUCCCGCUACCUUCCAAAAUCUACGUGUGUAGCAUUGCCCAGACUGAUUUAAAUUAAACAACGCCAGGAGUGCAACAAGCUGCUGCCAAGGAGGCCUUAAAUGACCAGUCUACAACAUUCCUGUUUCACACAUCAUUCCUCUACAUUCCCUCCUUUUCCUCUCUCCCUUCAUUUUAAUUUCUUCAGGACAACAUAAGUGGUGAGCACUGACGUCUAACAGUCAGGUUCUGGUUGGUCCGGACCUUUCUGUGUGGCGUUCAUGUUCUCCCCAUAUUUGAGUGUAAACCGGGUGAUCCGGUUUCCACCCACAAUAAAAAUAUAAUAACUUAAAAAUAAACAACCCAAAAAUUAUAUA